UGUGUAAAUUUGCACAUUCAACAUAACCUGACCUUGUUAUUUUAUCAGCAAAAUGAAAACGCAUACGCGAGAUGUCGCUACUUAAAAAUGACACUUUACCACGUUCGCGGUUUUGUGAUAAAUAACAAUUACACCAAUACUAAACAGGAUUAGAGGGAACUAAUUGAACAGCUUUGUUACACAGGACAUAAUGGCUGACAAGAUUUCAAGUGUUGUUGAUUUAAAUGUGGGCGGAACCCACUUCACCACAACACUAUCCACACUCACCAAAUACCCCGACAGCAUGUUGGCGGCCAUGUUUAGCGGACGUCACGUGAUCAACAAAGACAAAGACGGCCGAUCUGUCAUCGACUGUGACGGAAAAAUAUUCAAACAUAUCCUGGCGUUUCUUCGCUUUGGAACACUUCCAACUGGCGACGUGGCUGAGUCCGUGCACACGUAUUCUGAAUACUUUGGUCUGAAUGAGUUAUCGACGAUUUUGUGUGAUUUUCAACAGGUCAAACUCAGCACGAAGGUCAGGGACAUGCAACAACAACAUCCUGAAUAUACCAAAUUGGUUCGCAGUGUUAUUGACAAUUUAACUGCCAAAGCAAUUCAUAAGGAUUCGACAACGUGUAUUAUUAUUAAACAAGAUCGGCAAAAUAUGCACGACCAAUAUUUUACUAAAACAUAUUCAAAUAAUGCAUCAUUAAACGCGUUAAAAUCAAAGAGGAUUAAAGUAUGUGUUUCAAAAUCCCUUGUGGAUUUUGAUAAUUUAAAUACUCAAUUGGAUGAUAUGUUCUUCCUAACAGCAAACCACCUGCAAUUCCUAGGUUAUGGAUGUAACGUUCUAUAUCAUACCAGCGUUGAUGGCUGCCCCGAUGGCUGGACGGGGUACCAGGAGAGUUGCUACCACUUCAGUCAUGACACUGAACCCUGGGAGCUCGCACAGAUGGUUUGCAGAGAUAUGGGUGCACAUCUGGUAGAGAUUGAGUCCGCGGCAGAAAACAAUUUCGUGACGAACGAGCUUCAGCGCAGACAUGCAACCAGUUGGAUAGGUGCAAAUGAUUUGUUAAUCGAAAAUGAAUGGCGAUGGGCGUCUUCACACAAUCGCAUUACGUUUGCUAACUGGGCACCGCGUGAGCCUACGAAUAGCAAUGGCAAUGAGAACUGUGCGGAUAUAAGAAACUUCGACUGGAAAUGGAACGAUGAACGUUGUGAUUCGUCGCAAAAUUAUAUCUGUGAAAUGAGUGUAGAGGCUGCAAUUGUCGGAUAGAAAAAGACUGCCCAGUGGCCUUUGUAUUUCAGACUGAAGUAUUUUGGUUGUUCGAAUACUUAAAGAGUAAACAUCUGUCAAUGUA